CAUAUCCCCUCCGCCCUUCCUGCUGUGUGGUCAUUCUCAUUCCUUUUUUACGUUACGUCUCUCGUUGAACCUGUAUUUGAACCUGUGGGCUGCAUCUGUGCGUUCCUUUACUGAUGAGCCUCCUGCGUGUCUGAAUGCACAAGACCGAAUCCAUCCUGGCGUGAAUCAUAGCCCAUGGCUGACGGAUACUCUCGGCUUCCCGGCGAACCGAACGCCUUCUACAGCAGCCGGAACCGAUCGCAGACCGCAGUGGGCGUGCCCCCAUCCACACCCACGAAGCGGGCUUCUUCAUUCUAUCCAAACAGACCCGGGAUUGUAGACGAGUCGAAUCCGGAUCCAUUCUAUCUGGAGCACACGCUGGCGGGCGCCGCUCCCUGGGGGACUCGCCGGCCAGGGAGUCGCGAUGCGAGGUGCAGUGAGGAGGGCUACCCAUAUUCGAUGCUAUCAUCUGUGUAUUCCACCGAUAUUCCAUUUGCACCCACAGCCCGCGGUGAAGCCACGAGGCUGCGAUCCAAUAUUAACCGAUCCACACUGUCUGUGGUUGAGCUGGAGCAUCAGCUCGGACUGCAACAGGUCGCAGCCCGUCCGUGGGGAGCCCCGACAGUGAAUCACGACCACGGCUCAUUUAGCUCGGUGCAUACUGAAGCUACCCCGGACUUGACUCCUAGCAGCUCCUUCUCGUCCAACUAUUCUGCUCCUAUAUACCCGGAGAACUUCCCACCGUCGGAGCCUCUUCCAGUACCCCCGCCAGUGCCUAGCCCUAGGAACAACGUAUAUCCUUGUUCGUCCACUCCCUUGAACCAAUCCCAGACCACUCUGUGUACACAAUCUUCCACGCCGGUGCGAAAGGGCAAGCCUCAGACCGUGGCACCCAACGCGUCGUCCGACACCCUGGUCAUGCAUCGGGUCGACAGUCACGACGCCCCUCCCCAUCUUGGGAAGCCAUUGCCAUCUCUGCCUCAUGGAGCGGGCAGUAACAUCGGUCAUUCCGGUAGAAAGGGGCCUCCUCCGCCCAUCCGGCCUCCAAUUGCUCCGUCAAUGAUCUCGCCGCCGUCUCGGAUCAACCCAGUGACCAUGGAGCCACACGCCUCUCAUUUCGACCAAGCCAUGUUUAUCCCUGCCAAUGAUUGUCCGAGUCCGGUCCCCAGCCCGGGACCGUCGUCUCCCGCGCUUGAGCGCUAUCCCACCGCCAACUCCGGGCGUGACCGACCGUCCACUUCAGCGUCGCGUGCAGCCUAUUGUGAGCAGUCCGUUUGGGAAUCCGACUCGGACAGCGAGACGGCGGAUCCCAAGUCACUGUCGCGCAAGCCAAUGGACACGCUGAAGAAAGUGCGCAGCCGGGUGCAUCUGCGGGUGGCCAAGUCGGCACCCAAGCUUCAACCCACGCAGGCCGCGAGUCAGCAGACACACCCCUUGGAGAAAUAUCCUUCGAUGCCCGAUCAGCCCCCGGAGGAGCUGUGUCCAUCGCCCACGCGGCACACGGUGAAGGCGCGCUCGCGAGAUGGUCUGCGAAACGCGCCGACGUUGCGGCUGGUUGAUCCAUCCGUGACAUCCUUGCCGCUGCCACAGUCCCGUCGGGGCAGUGGUCAGGUACGCGCCAUCGACAUUGACCGAACGACAGCGGCAGCGAUGCAGGCGAAAUCGCGCCGCCGCCCGCGGUCCGAGUCCAAAAGAUCCCUUCCUCCGGAGCGCGAGAAGGUGUACACCUUCUGUCGCGAGGAUCGGUCUGACGCGAUCCUGUCGCUGGCACGGCCGCCGCUCUAUAAACGGUUAUGGGACUCGUUGCGGGUGCUCGGCUGCCAUGGCGAAAUCCCACCACGGUCUCGCAGGCCGAUGUAGUUAUGUGUUUUGAUUUCGAUAAAAGUCCACCGGCGUUGAUGAUGUACGGCUAUGCUACGACUACCGAAAACUUACCAGCCGAUGAUACCGCACGGUUCUAUGGUUGACCUAAUGUUUUAUGAUGCUGAGACCCGUGAUACGGGUGAUGAGAAUCCACGAUGGAUAGAUACAGAUCAUGUCCAUGUCCAUGAUGCGCGUAUGCGCGGCGACGACUCAUGUCCAAUGAGACAACGAUUGCGAUUAUUGUUGUCUACACUCUUUACUGUUAUGUAUACGUGUCUAUUGACACAUUUCUUUGCUGUCUAUGUCUGACCCACGACACUCACUUACGACUCUUG